GCUUCCUUAACAUUCUACCAACAAAACACAAACCUUAUUCAUCAUUCAACAUGCAGACAUCACUUCUUCACGAGCUAGUUGUUCCAAUCAUACAUGACCAGUUUCAAAAGUCGGAUAACAGAUACUUACUUGAUUCUGCCUCUCAUCCAUGUCAAUAUCCAUCUAAACAUCAAAGCAAAUGUAGAGCAAGUUCUAACCAAAAAAAGCGCAGCAGGAAGGCUGAUAGUAAUUUUGAAACUUCAGUGAGACUAGGGACAAACAUAUCUGAAACUAUUAAAAGGAAGUUGAGCUUAGAGGCAAGAAUUCUUCAAGUGGGUGGAGAGGAGAAAAGUUCAUGAAUUAUUUUAGUAUGAUCAAGGGGGAGAGGCUGUUGAAAGUUUGCCAUUGUUAUCUGUCGACCACAUCUGGCCCUCUAGCUGGUCUCCUCUUCAUCUCCACUGAAAAGGUUGCCUUUUGCAGUGACAGAUCAAUAAAAGUCU